AGUCAAGAAACUCGACUGCAUCGAAGCACAACAUUACAUCGAGCCACAAAUAGGCAGUCGGGCGGUCGGGAAUACACAAAAUAUAUACAUAUAUAAAAAAAUUAAAAAAAACUUAUACAUACAACACACGUAUUUUUUUGUUGCUCCGAAAUUUUAAGUUGGUCCAGCCGCCUUUCUUCUCAUCUUGUUUCAACGAUCAUAUCAGUGCCGUCAGUUUGUCUAAUUUAUUCUCAAUAUUAACCAACAUAUUUGUGUUAUUUUUAUUUUGUUUAUAUAGUGAGUUUUUUGUUUUCAUAAUUUAUCAAUUUCAUAUUUUCUGUAUAUAACUCAAAAAUAACAAUAAUAGAUAAAAAAUUUUGUAAAAUAAAUUGUAGUGUUUUGUGUAUUUGUGGGAGUGUCAACGAGUGUUGAUAGAGCGUUGUUGAUCACCGUUGCGUUUGGCUUCCUCGUGCUAUUUUUCAUGACCAUGAAAUACACUGUGCAACUGAAAAAUAUAUAUAAAAUAACAUGAUGAAAGAAUAAUGACAAAUUAAUUACAAUUUAUAUAUUUUUUAUGUUAUUUUUGUGGCUGAGUUUUUUGACAACAAAUAAACAUUUCAAUAAUCAUAUUUAAAAUUAUAUUUCUCUAAUUAUUAUAUUGAUAUAAUAAUAAAAAUAUUAAUAGUGAAUUAAAGCUUAGUUUUUCAAUAUUAAGUUAAACAUUAUUACAAAAAUAAAUAAAUAAAUAAAUAAAUAAACAUUGGCAUUAAAUACAUUGGACUGAUAAAAAAAAAGAAAAAAAAAAUGGUGAUUGUGAUGUGUAUGUGAGAUUGAUGUAUCAGUGGAUAUAACUAUUUUUUUUAAAAUGGAAUUUCAGUAAUUUAAAAAUAUUGGAUUUAUGGAAAAUUGCUGAUAAUAUGCAUGAUAAUUUAUAAUUUUAUUAUUAUUUCAUUGAGCUCAUGAAGUGUGAUUAAACAGCCUCAAAAUGAUUAAAACAAGGUGAGAGGAUAUUCAUCACUUGAGCAAGGAUCAACCGAGUCGAAAAUUAAAAAUUAAAAAUAACAAUAAUAUAUAGGUACAAAUAAGUUAUUUAAAAUAAAAUUUACAUUGCGGAUGAUUGAAGACCCUAAUUUCAAAACAACAACUGACAAGACUAGACAUCAUUAGCAGAUUAUUAAUCAGAAUAGCAAUCGUUGGCUAAAUGCACAGAGCACUACCGAGGACAACAUGAGAGAACGAACGCCGUCGGCGGAUGACACCCCAAAAAAGGCCCCGCCUGCGCCACCCAGAGAGGCAGCAUCGGUGGACAUUGUGGGUGGCAGGGAUGCUCGUACCGAGACAUGGACGACAUUUCAUUUAUCGUCGCCGACGGCAGUGCGACCAGUUACAUUUUCAACCCCCAAUAGUAACGAUAAUAAUUUGGUUGUUGUAAAACAAAAAAAUCAAAAUUAUCAUCUUGAUAAUUAUCAACAUUAUCAACAACAACAACAUCAACAACAACAACAUCAACAACAAUUACAAGUAACAACAAUAAAAAAAACUGCCCAAGAUAAACGUAGUCGUUUGAGUAACGUAAUAAAUAAUUUACGUAAAAAAGUACCCGAGUCUGGGUCACGUAAUCAAGUUGAGGGUGACGAAAAAAAUAGUGUCGAGAGAAAUCUCGAAACGUUAGAAAAAUACGUGAUGACUGUAUUAAAUGGCGUCAUUAAAGACGCUGAGACUGAUGAACAAAGGCAAACAAAUGAUUCAGGUAAUUUCAAUGGUAUAAAUUCAAAAGAUGAUAUUGGUAUUGAUCUUAAUAAAAAACCAGUAAAUUAUGUACCAUCAGAACCAAGUGCAGUUGAGCCAGCAGUACCAGAUGCUGAUGUAAAUGAUUCCAUAAAUAAAUGUGUAAAUGAAAAUAAUAAAUUGUCAUUAACAUCAUCAUCACCAUCAUCAUCUUCGUCAUCGUCCUUGUCAAUGGUACUAGAAAAUAAUGAUGAAACGACAAGUAAAGAUAUCAGCAUUACUUCAAGGCUCAUUGAAUCAAGGGAUAACGAAGAAAUAACCAAAAAAGAAGAUCCAAAGAGCAAUGGUAGUAAUGCUAUAAAUUUGGAAAAGGUCGCUGUUGAUACGACGGUACUUGAAUUGUCCUCUGUUGAAUCAAUAAAAAAUAUAGAAGAAAUUGGUUCACUAGGUACAAUAAUACUAAGUCGUUUGAAUGAAACAGAUACAAGUGAAUUAAUUAAUGAUUCUAGUUGUAAUAAUAUUAAAACUGAUGAAAUACAUACUGUAUGUUGUACUUUAUUGGAUGAUAUUAUAAAUAAAGUUAAUCAAACAAUUGACGAGUCAAAUGUUAACAUACUAGAAUCAUCAACGACAAGUCUUCAUUGUAGUUUACCAUUAGAUAAAGUUGGAUCAAUUCUGCAGGUUACAGAAUCAAUUGAUAAUGUUAAUUUAAUUUCAACUCCAGUAACAUUAUCUGAAACAACAGCUUUACCAUCAUCAUCAUCACCAUCACCAUCAUCAUUAACAGUAAAUAAGUCAAAUUUAAAAUCUCCAAGUUCACCAAUUGUUCGACAUUUAUGUCUCUAUUGUGAUCGUAAAUUUUUAUCAAUAUCAUUACGUCAAAGACACACUGAGCGUGUUCAUCAACAAGGUGGUGGUAGACGUAGUGAAAGAAAUCCAAGAAAAACAAAUCAAAAUUGUCAGUAUUGUUCAGAAAAAUGUAAUGAUAAUCUUGAUAGUAUUUUUCAACAUAUGAUUAGUAAUCAUUCAGAUAAAUAUUAUGCUUGUGUACAAUGUAAAACAAGAUAUUCAACGAGAGAUGCAUUACAACAACAUACAAAUGAAAUACAUGAAAUAAAUGAGCUUGAUAAAUUUAAAAAUGUUCAAAUAACAAAAGAUACAAAUACUACAACUUCUACAACAACGAAUCGUGAUACUAUUCCUGAUAAAACAAAUGAAAUAAUAAAAAUUGAAUUUGAGGAGGAAAAAAAAAGACUAGUAGAAGUAACAAAAAAAUCUACACCAAUUAAAUUAAAUACUUUAUCACGUUUAUCAUCACCACCAGAAUUUAAUAAUCCAGAUAGUCCAGAAUUUGAUGUUAAUUUUUAUAAAAGUGUAUCAUGUAAUAUUCGUGAUAAUUUACUUCAUCAUAUUGAUGGAAAAUUAAAAAGUAAUAAUGACGAGAAUGAUGUUGAUGAUGAUGAUGAUAAUAAAGCAGAAUUAAAUAUAACAUUAUCAAUUGGUGAUGCUAAACAACAAAGAUUAAAUGAGCCAAUAAAUCCAAUUGAUAUUUCACUUACUGCUGCAACACCAGUAUACAAUAAUAAUAAUAUUAAAGAAUAUAAAAAUAAUGAUGAAAGUCAAAAUUCAAGUGAAUAUGCACAAAAAGCAAAUGAAACAUGUCAUCAACAUCCACGUAGAGUAUCAUUUGAAAAAUAUAAUUUUCCAAAAAAAUAUGAUGGUAAAGAACAAUGGAAUUGUUCGCUAAAAGAUUUAAGUAAAUUUGACAUUAAUACACAAUUAACAUUACGUAAAAAACAAGAUAAAUUAGCAUGUGAAAAAUUAAAUGAGGUGCCUUUGAUCAGUUUAAAUAAUGAUACAACAAAUGAGACUGAUGAAAUUGAUGAAAAAAAAAUUAUAAAUACUCAAAAUGAUAAGGAUGAUAAUGAUAAAUUUACAUCGGAAUUUGGUAAUUUUAUGAGACUGAAAAGAUGGGAUGAGUGUAAAAAUAAAAAUACAAAAAAUGAUAAAAUAAUAUAUGCUGAAUUAACUGGUGAAUGGUCAAGACCUCGUGUUUAUAUAUGUGGUGCAUGUUAUUCACGUCAUUUAACAUUAAAAGAAAUUGAAGAUCAUAAAUUAUCAUCACAUCCAAAUGUAUGGUGUUCACAUCUUGAAUUUAGUGGUGAUCAACUUGAAUUAUAUAAACAUUUAUUUUUACCUGGACGUGAUUUACCAACGUCAAUUGCAAAAAAUACAAUAAUACCAGAUAAAAUAUGUACAAAAUGUUUAAAAACAUGUAGUUCACUUGCUGAAUUACAUAGGCAUAUGUUAGAAUGUGGUGGUGAUCAAGCAUGGUUACUUGGUCUAUUUGGUAAUAAUGCUAAAAAAAAAUGCAAGUGGCGGCCAUUUGGUAGUCGUAGUAGACGACGUAAACAAAGAGGAAUGAAACGUAAUAUCCAGAAUUCACAAACCCCUAGGGCUAAUAAUGAACCAAGGGAGAGACAGUCAACUGGACCGAGGGUUCGACCUAGCGAUCAAGAAACAAUUCAAAAAAUGAUUGCCAAUUUACCACCAAAGCGAUUAACCAGAAGAGUUGCUGAACAAGAAGCGACAAGUCGUUCACAAGCACGUUUACGUAAAAUUCAUGCAAAAUCAAGACCAGAAACAGGGGAUAGUUCAUCAUCAAAUAUUACUUUAGCUCGUAAAACUGUAUUACGUAAUAAAUUAUUAAAAAAUGCAAAAUCAUUUCAACGUAAACGUUGUCGUGGUGACAAUAUUAGUGCAGCUAUUGAAAGUGUCAUUAACAGUUAUGAGAAUAAUGAAACAGCAACAAAUCAUGAUUCUAUUAAUGACACUAAAUUAUCAAAUUCAACAACAAUAUCAAAAGAUUUAAAAAAAUCAAUUAUUAAAUUAAAAACAAAAAAUAAUAAAAAUGGUAAAAUUGUGCGUGAAGUACGUGUUGUUAGUAAACGUAAAAAUAUUAAAAUACAAACGAGAAAAGUUGGCUUAACAAAAGUUAAAAAAUCAUUGUUAAGAAAAACAAAUAAAGAUCAAAUAAAUGAAAGUGUAGUUCAAACUAAAACUAGAUUAAAUAUGCAAAGUUUAGAAAUGUUGGAGCAGUCUGACGAAGAGAAAGACCAACAGCAGCAGCAGCAGCAGUCAGCCUUAAAGAAGAAAAAAUCGAUAGACUCGUUAACGUCACUGAAUGCCUCCCUAAAGGCAAAAUCUCAGCUACGUACUCAUGAUGGUAAAUUUGCUAAAAAUCCAGAUAAAAAUGAAACGGCUUCUGAUAAUAAUUCAUCGUCAUCUAGUCAAAAUGAACAGUUGUGUGUUGUUAAAAAUAAUACAGGUACAUUAACAACACGAUCACAGAUACGUUCAAUUGGUCAUUCAACAACAACAACAACAACAACAACAACAGAAUCUACUGAUACACUGACAAUAAAAAGAUCAUCAAGAUUAUCAUUAGACAAUGAUAAAAUGCCAACUCUUGAAUUAGCUGAAAAAAAUCAAGACACAGAAAAAAUAACAACACCUGAUGAAUUGCCUAUCCUUACACCAGCAAUGACAUCAAAACAAUCAGCAUCAAUAACACAAGAUGAUUCAAAUAAAAAUUCAUCUAUGACACUUGUUAAAAAAAAUGCAAAAAAUGUACGUGGAAAAAGAAGAAAAAGAAAAAAUAGACUUGCCAAGAGACUGGAGAAUCAACGUAAAAUUAUCACUGAGGUUGAUGUCUCUGAAAGUUUAAAAAAUGACAACAACAUAGAGGCAACUAAAGAGCCACGAACACGAAGUAAAAAGUCAUUGUUAAAAUCUUCAAGUACUACUGAAGAGUUACCAACUAAUGUAGAAGAGGUUGAUGUUGAACAAAAAAAUUCAAUACCUGAAUUACCAUCUAAAAAAAAUAAUAAUAAUAAAGUUUUCAAGACAAGACAUUCAAGACAAAUACAAAACGAAGAAUCGUUGAAAUUUGACGAAGUUCCAACUGUUUUAAGUAGUAAAAAAAUUAAGAAAAAAAUAAUUAAUAGAAAAUUAUUAAGAUCAAAUAAUACUUGUCAAAUUGUUAGUGGUUUACCAGCUAAAACACGUCGAAAUUUUCGUAAAAUUAAACAAAAAAUAAUUAAUAAUCAAUUAAAUGAUGAUGAAUUUAAUACGAAAAAUAUUCAAUCAGAUAUAAAUCAAAUUAUUUCUGAUGAUAAAAGCUUGACAAGUAAAUCGCCAACUUUAUUUGAAACAAAUAAUAAAAAAGAAAUGAUAAAUACAACAUUAGAAGUAUCAAAUGAUAAAAUUCAAGUUGAAGAAACAUGUGAAAAUUUAAAAUCAGAUGAAGAAAUAAACAAUGAGCAAAAUUCAAUAAAAUCAUCGAUUGAAUUGGAGGUAAACGAUACGAUAAAAAUACUUGAACAAGGGAAAAUAGAAAAUAGUGUGAUAUUAGAAAAUGAAGAAGAAAAAAUUAUUGAUAAUAUCGAUAAUAAAGAAUCUUGUUGUAAAAAUAUUGUAACUGCUGAUUUAGUGAGUUUAAGUUUUGAGCAUUUACAGCAAGAAUCAAGUAAUUCAAAUAUUGAUAGUGGAAAAGAAAAUUCAUCAGAAACACCAGUAAAUAUUUCGAAACCAAAAAUAACACGUCCAAAAAAAUCACGUGGAUUUCGUCGUGAUCGUGUUGUCAAAAGAAGUAUAAAUAAUGUCAUUGGUAUUUUAACUGAGGGUGUUAAUAUACCAGUUGAUGUACAACAAAGUGUUGUACUAACAGUACAAACAUCUGUUGAAAAUAUUAAUACAAAUAAUAAUAAUAAUAAUAAUAAUACAAUACAAAAUAAUAGAAAUGAACUUGUUGAUAAUAAUAAUGUACAAUCUGUGCCAAAUAUUAUUACAGAUAAUCAAAGUUCAAGUCAAACAGUUAGUGUUGAUGUUAAAAUUGACGCUGGUAAUGAUGAAAAUACUAGUCAAGAAUUACAAUGUCCUAAACAAUCAGUGUCGUCACUUGAUGAAAAUCAACAAUUAAAAUUAAAUAAUGUAUCUGAAAUAAUGCCAAUUAAAAAUAGCGAAAUAACAAAUACAAAUAUUGAUACAACAUCAGUUAAUAUUGAACCGCCAACAAAUGAUAUUAUUUUAGAUUUAUCACGUCGUAAACAAAAAGGUAAAGGUUCAUUUCUUGAAAAAAUUGUAUCUAAAAUUGCAAAACAAAAAGAUGUAUUACUUGAUGGUGAAGUUGGUUCAUUACUUGAUAGUGCUGUUGAUGAAUUAAGUAUUAUAUUGGAUGAAGUUGGUACAAACCUUGCUGAUAAUAAUGAAAUUAUAAAAACUAAUAUUGAAAAAAAAAGUGAUGAAGAAAAUAUCAAUGAUGGUAAUUUAAAAGAUAAUAAUAAAAAUGUAAAUGAAAUAUGUGAAAAUAAAAAUACUCCAAUAUUAAAUAAAACUGAUGAAAUUUUAACUGUAAAUGAAAAAAAUAUAAAUACAGUUGAAGCAUCAAGUACAGAACAGUCAUGUACUGUAAAUAUUUUAAAUAGUGAAAUAGAAAAAGAGGUCGUACCUCUAGAGAAUAGUAAAGAUACGGAUGAACGAAUAUCAAAGAAACGUUCACUUGAGAUAGUUACGUUGACUAAAAACAAAAGAAAAUCUAUUCAAGACAAUGAAGAAUGUGAUAAAGAAACUCAAGAUGAAACAAAAAAUGAUGAAGCUUCUGAAAGUAAAAGAAUAGAGGAAGAUAUUUGUCUGGCAGAUAUCAUGAAGUUGAUUAAUACUCCAAAAACUGAUAUACAUCGUGAUACAUUGAAAGAAAAAAAUGUUUCAAGUAAACGUAAAAAUUGUGAUAAAGAAAAAACAGAUAAUAGCUCUGAUGUAAUUUCAAAUAACAAAAAAAAAUGUGGUAAUUCAAAUAAAAAAAUACGUACAGAAGGUACAAGAAGAAGUACUCGUCGUAGUAAUACAGAAAUUACAGAAAAAAUAAAUGAUGAAAUUGAUUUAUCAACAAUAGAAACAAAUAAUUUAAUACAAAUAAAUCAAAAUAAUAAAUCAAUCAACAGUGAAAAUAAUAUACAGAUGGUUAACAAUGAAAUAACAAUAAAUCAAACGACAUUUCAAUCAAAAAAUGAAAUUUCAUUUGUAUCCAAAGAUUCAAAUAAAAUGAAUGAUACAGUGCAUGAAACAUUGGCUUUAAAAUCAACCAGUGAAAUAUCUGAAAUCAAUAGUAUAAAAGUACCGGAAAUUAAAACUCCAACAGAAAAUAUCAUGAAUGAAAAAAUGGAUAAAUCAAAGAAAAGAAAUUCUAAGAAAAAAAAUCUUAUAAAUGAAAAAUUAUUGCUUACAGACAAUGAAAACACUAGCGACAAUAAAAUCAAUAAACUUACCAGUGAAAUUCACGUGAAUUCAACUGAGAACAAAGAGCAAAGUAUUAUUGAAUCUUCUCUGUCUACAAAUACAUCAUCUAUUGAUGAUGAUAAUAAUCAACAAAUUAAUGAUGAUAAAAAAGAUGAGACAGUUAUUGAAAAAUCAUUUAAAGUACCUGAAGUAAGUGAUGUAUUUUUACAGUCAACAUCAAAACGCAGCUCAAAGAAAAAAUCACUGACACAUGACAACACAAUUACAACAGAUAAUAUUAUUCCAACAAUUGACAAUAAUGAUAAACCAAAUGAUGAAGUAAUUAUUCCACAAAAAAAUCGUAAAUCAUCAAAAAGAAAAAAUAAUAAUGAUGGUAAUUUAAAUAUACAACAAGAAGAAAUUAUUGAUAAACCAAAGACAAUUGUUGUUGAACGUCGACAAACUCUUAGAAGAAAAGCUAAAGAAAAUAUAUUUCUUAUUGAAGAAUUACUUGAUAUGUCUGGUGAUGAAAUGGACAGUCCAACACCUUUGGAUAUUGUUGAUAAUGAAAUAUCAAAAAGUAAAGAUAAAUUAUCUGUAUCAUGUGAAAAUAAAUUAGAAGAAAAUUCUGAAAAGCAAAUAAAUGUUUCAGUUACAGAGAAUGAAACUUUAAAUAUAAAAAGUCAAACACCAAUUGAUGAGCCAACACCAAAUCCCAAGAAACAUUCAAUAGAUAAUUUUUCAGUUGGUUAUUCAAAAACUGGUGAAAUAUUAAUUGUUGAAAAGAAGAAAAAAUUUACAAAAGAAAUUGCAAAAUUUUUUUGCAAUAUUUGUACAACAAGUUUUACACGUAAAUCAUCAUUGAAAAAACACAAUCAAUCACAAUCACAUAUAUUACAAGUUACAAAAAGUGAUAAUAAAAUUAAUGACAAUAAAGAAGAAUCAAUGUCACAUGAUGAUACAACUGUAUCGUCAAUUGAUCGUAGUGAAGAUAUAACACAAACAACAAUUGAUAAUACUCAAGAAGAAAUAAAUAAUAAACAUGAUGAUAAUAUUAAAUUAAAUAAUGAUGUAGAAUUAAAAUCAAAAAUUGAUAUUGAUGAUACAAAAAAAAUAACAAAAAAAUCAGUUGAUGAUUCUCAUCAAUUGGAUAAUAAUGAUUUUGAGGAUGAAUUAUUGGAUGAAGAAAUAUGUAAAAUUACAGAAAAUAUGACACACGAUGAGUAUGUACUCACCGAUCAUAUAAGUCCAGAAGGUGCUUCAACUCCGUCAAAAGAAACUACUGAAAGUCUCACACAGGUCACAGAUAUUGAUUUAAAAAGCAACCAACAAAAAUUGUCUCUUUCUAACCAACACUUGGAAAUAAAUUCACCAAUAAUAAGUAAAAAUUUAAUAAUUUCAUCAUCAGCUACAUUAAAAUCAAAUGAAUAUAAUAAUUUAAAAAUUUCACCAAUUAAUGAUUCAAUAAUUAAAGAUAAUGUUUGUCUUGAUUUUUCAAAUAUAACAGAAAAAUUAAAAAGUAAUGAAUUUAUUAAAAAUAAUAAUGAUGAUAAAGAUUCAAUGAAAAUGGAUUUUGAUAGUGAUGAAAAUUCAUCAAGUAUAAAUAUGUCAAAUGACAUUAAUAAACUUAUUGAUAAUUCUGAAAUAAAUAUUGACAGUAAAGGUGAAUUAAAUGAAAGCAUAAAAUCACCAAUUGAUAAUUUAUUUAGCAAUUCAAUUAAAUCUGAUUCUUCAUCAAUGAAAAAAAAUAAAAAAUCAAAAAAUAAUAAAAUCAAACAAAUUGAUAAUAAUGAAAAAGAUACUGUAUCAAUGUCAAAUAAAAAAAUAAUAAAAACACAAAAUAAAUCACGUGAAAUAAAAUUGAAAAAUCGCAAUAAACAAUCAAAGAAAAAAUCCGUAAAUAAUAGUAGUGAUAGUGAGCUAGAUGAGCAUGAAAAUUUAGUUGAAUUACAAAAUAAAAAUAAAAUUGUUAAAAGUGUAUUUGGAAGAGUAUUUGGUGGUGAAAAAAUUGAUAAAGUUAAAGAGGUACUUGAUGAUUGGGUAUCACGUUCAGAAAGUGAAUCAGAAACACCAUCAAGUUCAAAUCAAAAUUCAUGGUGUAAUUGGAAAGAUGAAAAGAAAAAUAAACAACAACGUGAAAUUUUAAAAAUUGAAAAAUCAAAUUCUCAUUUAAAAAGCAUGAAAAAUACAUUACAACAAAAUGGAAAAGAGAAAUCAAUUUUAACAGAACCGAUUGAACCAAUUUUAUCAACUUCAAGAUGUCGUCAAAGUAAAAAACGUGCUGAAGAACGUAUUUCACGUGCAUUUGAAGAGGAAUCAAUUCUUUAUGAUCUAGCAUUUGAAUCAAAAAAACAUUCAAUUAAAAAUAUAAAAACAAUGAUAAAUGAUGAAAAAUUAGACAAAAAAGAUAAAAAAAUAAUUACUGAUAAUACUGAAUUAUCAACUAUUAAUAAUGACAAUGAUGAUAAGCUAAAAAAAUAUAAUGAAAUUGAUAAAUUAGAUAAUUCAAAUAGUCCAAGUAUUAAAACGAAAAUAAUAUGCACGAAUGACAUUUCAUCGCAAGACAAUAAUUCAAUAGAAUCGAUUCACACACCAGCACCAAGUUGUCCACGUGAGCGUUCGUCUACGCCCGAUAUAGUUUCAAUGACAACUCGAGACUCUGAUAAUGAUGCCGAAGAACCAAGUGACAUAGACAAUGACGAUGAUGAUAUUGUACGUGGUCGUUUAUCACCAACUUAUACAACAAACUUGCCUGAAAGUUCAAUCGAUAGUACAUCAAAUAUCAGUCACAAAAAUAUUCAUACUGAAAAAAUUAUUGAUACAACAAAGAGUCGUAAUUUAAAUGAAUUUACUGGUGAAAAAAUUGUCAUUAGAUCACCUGUAUCAAUUCAUGAAAAUACUGGUGGUGGUGGUGGUGGUGUUGUUACAAUAGCACCAACAGAUGCCAUUGAAGAUAAUGCACUUGAUGUAUCACAAGAAAUUAAAGAAUCAAUUAAUAAAUCACGUCAAGGAAAAGUAUUAAAUUUUGAUGAAGAAUUAUUUGUUGAGUGUUGUUCAAGGCUAAAAGCAACAACUGAAAAUGAAUUACGUGGAACUAAAAAAAUUAAGCUUGAUCAUAGUGAAAAUUAUCAAAAUAAUGAUGAACAAUCACAAGAAAUUAAACCAAUUCGUGAUCGUUGGAGAGACGUUGAGAGUCAAAAUAGUCUUGGUAGUCUUCUUGAUUCUGUUAAUCAGUUAUUGGGUGAAGAAAUGUAUAACAACAACCGAGUGUUAGAAAACACAAAACGAGCACGAAGUCAACGAAGUGAUAGACCCAUAAGCCCUGCAGUAAUUAGCCAGCCUGAUUUUAUUCGACCAGAUAAUUUGGGCUAUGAAGAUAGUCUUGAUGUUGCAUUUGAGCAUAACAACAAAUUAAGAGAUAAAAUACAACAACGGAUGCGAGAAAGUGAGAACUUAAUUGCUACGUCAUUUGGUCAAAAGGUCUCACACAAUAAUAGUGAUAGUGAUGAUCAUCGUUAUCGACAUCAUCAUCAUCAUCAUCACCAUCAUCAUCGUCAUCAUCAUCAUCAUCAUGAUAAAAAUUUAUCAAAAACUGAUAAAAAUGUUGAAAAUUUAGAAAAUUUAAAAGCCAUUGAUAAUUCACUUAAUCAUUAUUCAUCUGAUGAUAUUGAAAUUAAACAUAAAAAUAAUAAUCCAAAUAUAGAUGGAUUUUUGGACAAGGCACUGUCAAAUUUACUUCACAAUAAUGGAAAACAUGAUCACAAUGGAUCAACGCCCAUGAAUGUCCUAGCAGAGUUGGCAUGCGCCCAAGUACCAACUAUCACAGAUGUAAAAACUUCACGUGAAAAAUUAUCAAUAAAAACAUCAUUAAAUGAUAAAGACACAAUACAAUCACAAACGAUUCAAAAAUGUGAUAAAGAAUUACCAAGAAAAAAUCGUAAUACAAUAAAAGAAUUAUUUGAAAGAAAAAAUGAAAUAAUUGAUAGAAAAUAUAAUGAAAAAAUUGCUAAUAUAACAAAUUGUGAAAAAUUAGAACAAAAUAUAUCAAAACAAAAAUCAAAAAAAAAGAAAAAUCAAAAUGAAUUUCCGUUAAUACGUAAAAGUCAAUUUGGUGGUAUGCCUGAAAGAAAAAGACGUCAAGGUAGUUGUAGUAAUAUUGAAAAAAAACAUGAUGAUGAUCAAGAUAAAAUUAAAGAUAUUUAUGAUUUUGAUGAUGAAGAUAGUCAAAGUGAAAAAAUUACAACAACAACAUCAUAUCGUAAUAAAAAUGAUAAUAAUUCUGUUGAUGAAAAUGUUAGUGAAAUACUUAUGGAUGAUUUAAUGACACGUGCUAUUAAAAAAACACUUGACAGUGGACGUAGUUCUGAAAGUUUUGAUAAAACAUUUGACAAUAUGAUUGAACGUAAGUUUAAAGAAUUUGAAUCAUUUGCACCAAAAACAAAAGGAGCACUAAAAGCAUUUCAUAUUGAAGAAAAAAAUAAUGAACGUAUUAUGGGUCCAAUGGAUACUUUUGUUGAACGUAAAAAACGUGAAAGACGUUUAACUGAAACAUCAACAACAAAAUCAAUAAAACAACAACAAAAAAAACGUCAUAAAAAUAUGAAAAAACGUUCAAAAAAUUCAUGGUAUGAAAAUGAUAGUUCAGAUGAAUUUAAAACAGUUGUUAAAACAGCUGAAGAUAUUGGUGUUGGAAUAUCAAAAAGUCAAAGAACAUGUUCAAAAGGUAAACAAAAUUUAUUUGCUGAAUUAUCAACAUCAUCAGAGAGUGAAUAUGAAAAUGAUGAUAAUAAUGAUACUAAGAAAAUGAAUAAAUUAAUAAAUUUAAAUGAGAUAAAAAAUCCAUCAAGUCCAGAAAUUGCUGAUAAUUAUCCAUCUGAUAAUGAAAAUUGUAAAAUUGAAAAUUGGAUGGAUAUUAGUUCAAAAACUGAUAGUAAAAAUAAUAUUGAUCAUAAAAAAUCAGAGUCUGAUAUGUCAGAUCUUCCAUUGGUUAUUGAUGAGAGAAAAGAUGACUAUGAUGACGAUGAUGACAAUGAUAAUAAUGAUAAACAGAACAAUAGUGGUGAUGAAACAGAUAAUCGAUCAGAACGAGCAUUUGAAUUGGAUGAUUUGUAUCGAGAGGACAGUUCAGUUGCUGAUUCUGAUUGUGAUGACAACAAUCAAAUAUCUCAAGUUAACUGUAAAAAUCAUAAAGAUAAUAAUAUUGAUGAUGACAAUGAUUUAAUUCCUCUUGAUGAAGCUCUUAAUAUGUUGGAUGGUCCUGAAACAUUUCAACAAUCAUCAGGUAUUAUUAAAUUAUCUUCAGAUUUUAUAACAACAAAAAAAAAUGAUGAAGAUAAUUUUUCUGAUAUUCAAAAAAAUGAUAAUAUUGUAACAGAAAUAAUUGAUGAUACUGAUGAUACUGAUGUACAAUUGCCUGAAAAGUUAUUGACAAAUUCAAAGCCAGAAAAAACAAUGGAAAAUCUUCCACUUCAUGUAUUUUUAUCAAGAAAAGUACAAGAAUCAAAAAAAAGAAAAGAAGAACAAUUAAAAAAAAUGCAAGAUAAUGAUAAUAAUGAUGUUGAUGAAAUUAAUGGUGAUGAUGAUGAUGAAGAAGAGGAGGAAGAAGAAGAAGUUGUGCAUGAAUAUCAGCCAGCAAGACGUCAAAGAAAAUGUGCAAUUGGUAAACAAGGACUUCUUGCUGAAAUAAGUAGCUCAGAUGAAGAGUAUUUCAUUAAAGAAAAUCCAACAAAACGUACAAAUGAUAAAUUAGAUAAUGAAAAAUUAAAAAAACCAAAACGUGAAUCAAAAGAAAAACGUAAAGAACGUUAUUUGGAAAAAAAACAUGAACAAAUAAUAGCUAAAGAACAAAAAGCUAUUGAAGAAGAAAUUCAUCGUGAAUUUGGUAUUAAAAAAGACACAACUAAUAAUGAUAAAAUUGAUACAGACAAUAAUAAUAAUUCUGAUGAUGAAAAAAUACAUAAAAAAUAUCAAAAAAAUAAAAAAAUUGAUAAUACAAAAAAUAAAGAUAAAACUAAAAAAGAAAAUUUAGAUAAAUUUAAUAAUGAUGAUUGUGAAAGUAAAAAAAUAAUAUCAACAAAUAAAAAAAAAGUAGAUCGUGAUUUAUUAAAAAAUAAAAAAAAGCAAACACAAUUAACAAAUAAUAAAAAUUGUAAAAAAAAUUCAUCAAAAAUACAUGUAAAAUUAUCAACAACAGGUAAAAAUAAAAAUACAAAUGAUAAAUCACGUUCAUCAAAUAAAGAUACUAAAGAACGUAGAUCAUCAAUAACAAAAAGAGAUUCAGAUGAUGAAGAAUUAAGAACAACAAAACGUUGGAAUAAUGUUGAUGAAGGUGUUGGUGUUGCUAUUGGAAGAAGAAAAAGAGCAGCAGCAAAUCAACUUUAUUACUGGUCAAGUUCAAGUGAUGAUGAUGAAGAAUUAAUCCAACCAGCUCCAGUUGUUGAAGAAGAAGAUGAUAGACAAGAACAACAUGGUUGGAUUGUUGGUGAUUCACACAAACGCAUGAUAACAAUGCUGGCAAUGGAAAAACAAUUAAAAGAAAAACGACGAAGAAGUGAAGAAGAUUUUGAUAGUAAUAAAAGUAAAAAUAAAAAACAUAGAAAUUCCAUGUCUUGAUAUGUAUUUCAUGACUAAAAAGAAAAUUUAUAAAAUUAAUUUUAUUAAUUAAGUUGAAUAGAAAAAAAAAAUUAAAAUUAAUAAAUAAAAUAAAUAAAAAACAGAGGUGAAAUUAUUUAUUAAUAAACUGGUCAUUAAUGGCAUAAUACGUUAAUCUUUAGUGUUAGUUUUCAUACGCUUAAAAAUUAUAUAAAAAAAAAAAAUAAAUAAUUGUUUAUUUUAUUUCUUUUGUACAUAUAUUAUUAUUAAUUAAAAUUAUUAUGAAUAAUCAAUUAUGGCUGGCUAAAGACUACGAAAGUAAUUGAACGAUACACUGCCAUGAAAAAAAUGUUUUUCAUUUUUUUUGUUUGUUACUUUUUUCUUUUUUAAAAUGCAUUUUUGAUCGCCUGAUUACUGUGCUCUGUGUCGUGAUAAAUAAAUAAAGAAAAAAAAUAUAUAUACAUAUUUAUAUGUAUUAAAUUAAUAAUAUAGAAUAAGUAAGAGAAAAUAAUUGGAGAUGAAAAGAAAAAUUAAUAAAUUAAUGGAGUGUUUAGAAAUUUUUUUUGUCUUUAAUUUGUGGAUAUUAUUAGCAUUCGAUGAAUUUAUAAAUAUAAAUAACUUUAUUUAGACUGAGUAUGAUAUGAAUUAGAGAUGAAAUUGUAAAGAAUGGCACUUUUAGACAAUACUAGAUGUAUUUUAAAAAAUUACUUGAAUCAAUUUAAUUACAUGAUGAAAAUAAUAUUUGAAAAAUAUAAAAUGUUGAUUAAAGUAUGCAAGAUGUUAAGAUUUUGAUGGGGCUAAUUAGCAAUACUUGCAUGUUUUUUUGUGUUUAUUUGAACUUGAAAUAAUGCAACUUUCAAACAUGAAAAUAGAUUUUUUUUUAAAUUAGAUGAUUGGCUGAGAAAUAAUUUCUCAAGUGUGAUGAUAAUUUAUUUGGCUAUUUUUUUUUCUUUGUCAAUAAAUAAAUCAAUUAAUUCCAUUGAAUUUUCUAAAUUAUAUAAAUUUUUUUUUCAUA